AUGGAGGGCCUCACGCAGGAUGCCUGGUUUUGCCAGGCGUGCUACGACAAAUUUAGCACGCAUGCUCAAGGGCUUAAGCGAAAGAUAGAUGAUUUGGAGGCGAAGAAUUUGUUUUUGAGCUCCUGGAAUGGGACCAACAAUAACCCUCCCAGUGGGUUCAGCGACAUUGUCCUGGUUGCUAUUGACGGUCCUGAAGGAGUCCCCUCAACACCGGUCUCAGCUCACAGGGUGAUACUGGCUAGCCGGUCUGAAGUUUUUAAAGUGAUGCUCGAGAGUGAGAUGCAAGAAAGCCAGAAAGGUGUGGUCAACAUCAGCAACACGUCGCCUGAUGUCCUUCAAGCAUUCGUGAAAUUUUUAUAUACUGCAGAGGUGUGCUUGGAUGAGCAGAAUGCUUGGGAGCUUCUGCCUUUGGCCGAUAAAUACCAGGUGAUGUCACUAAAAGCUCAUUGUGAAAAUUUCCUGGUGUCAAAAUUGAAUUGGGAGAACUCGAUUGGGAGCUAUUCCUUCGCACAUCAACACAAUGCAAAGAUUCUUCUUCAGGCGGCUUUGUCAAUAAUAGUGGAGAACAGGAAUGACUAUCGAGUACAUCCCAAAUAUUUAGCAAUCGUUGAAGAGGAACCGAAACUUGCGAUAGAGAUAUAUGAAGCUUGCUUUGAUAGGAUGGGGAUGCGUGCAGCUAUCAAGGAUUCUUCUUCUGACCAAGCAGCUCCUGAGACUUCUGACCAAGCAGCUCCUGAGACUUCUGACCAAUGA